UCCCUCAACAUCUCCUUAAUCGUAACAUCACCCCUUUCCCUAACCCCCAACACAGCUCUGUUUACAUUUAUCCAUUGAAGGAGACCUUGAACCUCCCACGGCUGAAUGAUGCUCAAAUUCCAAUCUCUACUAAUCACCUCCAAAAGGGAACCGAAAUCUUUUGAGAUCUUGAACAACCCCACAACACCAAACUCUUCUUCUUCCAAAGAAUAACCUGCAAAAGCAAAGCCUAUACAGUAACCAAAAGUGAAACUUUCCUUUCUCCUUCAGAUACCAUUUGCAGCGGAGGAAGGAAACGGCGGCGGCGCUUUGCUUUUGGAGAUGACUGUGAUCGGAGAGAAAGGGGAUGAAGGAGGGGAAGUCGGUGGGGAUCAAAUUUGACGCUGGCAGGAAGCAAUUGCUGACAUGGGCGCUCGUCAAGGUUGAUUUGAAGCUGAAAGUGUGUAGAGGGUCAUUGCUGAAGAAGACUCUGAUAAGGGAAGCCAAGUCUUUCGAAGCAGCUAAGCUAAUUCUGGAACUACCAAAACCCAUAACCCGAUACAGUCGUCUACCUCUGUUGCGAAACUUUGCGCACAAAAAUUACCUAAAUGUUUCUCGGUUUACGCUGUUCAGAAUGGUAAAAUUAUGUUCCAAAGGGAAGCAAUUGAGAAAUACGAAUAGAUCCCAAGGUCGUGCUUCUUCUUUCCUUUUUUUUAGUUCUAAUUUGUUCCUAUAUCUAAUUGUUCGAAAUUUGUUGUUUCUCGUACUGAAUUCUGCUUUUUCAUUUAUAUAUUUGUUUGUUUUAAUGGACAAUGAUUCACCGGAUAAGAGCCUUGGUGUCAUUGUCGAAGAGUGUAAGAACAAAUGGAAAACAGAGCUGUGUUGGGGUUAGGGAAAGGAUGGUGUUACGGUGAAGGAGAGGUUGAGGGAAGAGAGAAGGGUUGAUUUUGGUAUUUUAUUUAUUUUACUUUAUUAAUUGAUUUUUAUUUAUUUAGAUAAA